UCAGUGUAUAGGGCCCUCCCACCUCAGUAACUUCCUGAAUUCCAGUCCCCUGUUCCUGCAGCUUGGUGUAUAGUCUGGGGGAGUUGGAGCAGCAGGCCCAGCAACAGCGGCGGAAACAUGGCACUAAACAAGAACCACUCUCAGAACGGGGGAGUCGUUGUCAGUAAUGGAGAGAGUGUUCUCAAAAUGUGUAAAGAUGUGGAACUUACCUUCAGUGAAAUGGCUCACAAGACAGAAGCAUUUAAAGGCACAAAAAAAGGGUUACUGUAUCUCACUCCAUAUCGGAUGAUCUUUGUGAGUAAGGGGGAUGACCCUAUGAUGUCCUUUAUGAUGCCUUUCUAUUGUGUGAAAGGAUGCUCUAUAGAACAGCCAGUAUUCUCAGCAAACUACAUCAAAGGAACCAUAAGUGCAGAACCUGGUGGUGAUUGGGAAGGACAGGCAUCAUUUAAACUUACAUUUAACAGCGGUGGAGCCAUUGAAUUUGGACAGCAAAUGUUUAAGAUGGCUACCAAUGCUUCCAGAGCUCCCCAAGCUGUUAAUGCUGGAUAUGGAUACACACCUGCUUAUGCACCAGGAGGUUAUGGGCCAGCCGGAUACACCCCUGUACCAGGAGGAUAUGUUCCAACCAGACCGUACAACUAUGCGCCUGCGCCCCCUGCUAUGAAUGGAUAUGCACCAGCACCUCAGCCUAUGGGGUAUCCUUAUGCUCCACCAGCAGGACCUGGCAUGUACCCCCAGCCACCUGAGUUGAACCCUAUGUACAUGGCACCUCCACCCCCUUAUCCAGGACCACCCUACUGUGGAGCUCCAGCACCUUCUGUUCCUUCAGGAUGGGCAGAACCUGGAGGCAGCAAAGCGGCAGAGGCUGCAUCCAGUGCUUAUUACAACCCUGCAAAUCCUCACAAUGUCUACAUGCCCAUGGAGCGGCCUCCUCCGUAUGCUCCAAUGGAUGACAAGAAGAUGAACUAGGGGUUUUUCUUGUGGUUGCUGAUCUCUUUCGUCACUUCGAUUUCUUUUAUUUAGAUCCUCCUUUCUGACCUCCACUUCCCAGUAAACCUGCCAGUUUGUUUCAAGUUAUUAGUUUCAAUAUGUUAAUCAACAACUCAAGUAUUGGUAAUCCUUUUAAAUGGGGUUUAAGCAAUGCUGUAAAAGUUGUGAUUUGAUUACUAGUAUUGUUUACAUCUUUUGUGAUAGAAGUUCUACCUGCAGGAAAUACUGCAGCGUUUUUCAGUUUGUUAUAGAGGCUAGAGGUUUGCAUUGGUCUACUUGGGGGGUACUAGUACCUGUCUGAAAGGACAUGAAAUAUAACAACCCAAUGUCUUGCAACCUUUCAUUUCUGAGUGUGACCAGUAUGUUCCAUGAAGGAAGAUGGAGGUGGAAGGGAGAAUGUCACAGGAGUGUGGAAAGGACAUUUAUAAUGGACUCUACUGUUCUGUUUCUAAAUGUGUGUAACUUAUAAAAGAUUUGGACUCAGAACAUUUUGGUUUGGAUUCAGAAAAAUGAAAUGGCGUUCUUAACACAAGAUUUCAUAAAGAUGUGUGUGUACAGAUAUAAUAGAAGCUUAGAAAGUAAAACAAUUUUAUUCUGCACCUUCCUCUUUUAUUAAAGGCAUAUUUAACUUCCUCUUGUUGGCAAAGGCAUGUAUUUAGAAUAUUGCAUUAUUUAUUAUAAUGGAAUGUGAUUAUCUGUUUUUGAAUUGCAUAUUAGUUGCAGUGCUUUUGUUUUGUUAUUAGACUUAAAUGUUUAGUGUUUAGCAAUCUUCUCUCCAAAUGGCUUGUCUUUACCAGUGUUUAAUACAAUAGAUAUUGUUUGCCAUAUGUACCAAUCUCUUUUCAAGGGCUGAAUCCAGACCGUUACACAGACUUUCUAAUACUCUGUCUAUAUGAAACAAAUUCUGUACAUAAAUUUCUCCUUUUUACUUUACAAUUUUCAUCCAAAUUAUUGUAUCUGAUUCAUUCAUGCAGAGAGACGCAUAUUUUAAAUACAUAAAUUUGUAUAUUGUAAGAAAUGUACAAUUUGUAACCCUCGCAUCAAGAUGGAAUAGGGCAAUUGUCUUCCCUAGCAGGAAAAGGGGGAUACAUACCUUGGACCUAUUGUAAUCUGUAAAAUAAAAUGUAUGAAAAUGUA